UACUCCUGAGUAAAUUGAACGUUCACCAGCCGGGCGUCCCUGUUUGUACUUGUUUAUUUAGCCAAUUCUCGCAUUACUGUUUAAAACGAUGUCAGAGAAAAUGGAGGUUGACCUGAGUGGAGUUAAACAAAGUAAAGGCGUGUGGCUUGUGAAGGUUCCCAAGUAUUUAUCUCAGCAGUGGGACAAAGCUGCAGAAAAGGGAGACGUUGGAAAGAUUACCAUUGGAAAGAAGCAAGGCAAAACAGAGGUAUGUUUCAGCCUCAGCGACGAGCUGACGGCCUUGGAUGCUGUGGGGGAGAACGAUGCAUCACUGCAGGUCCCAAAGGAUCAUCCUUUCACAAUGCACACAGUGGGUGGACAGACCAUGGCAGUCUUCAGCCACAGUGACACAGAUGAAAUCAGUCUGGAGGGGAUGGUGGUGCACCGAGCCGAAUGCAGACCAGUCGUCACUGACAGCUACAUGAAGCUGAAGAAACUGCAGAUUAAAGAGUCCGUCAAGCCUCAGCGUUUGUCACAGCAGCUGGAGAGAGCCGUCACCACCAUCUUCAAGCCUGUGGCCAACCAUGAUUUCAAUGUGGAGUAUGAGAAGAAAAAGAAGACCGAAGGGAAGAUGGUGAGAGCUGAACGUCAGCUCGUGUUGGACAUGCUCUUCUCGGCCUUCGAGAAGCACCAGUAUUACAACAUUAAGGCACUGGUGGACAUCACCAAACAACCUGUGACCUACCUGAAAGAAAUCAUGAGGGAAAUCGGCACAUACAACAGCAAAGGCGCUCACAAAAGCACCUGGGAACUGAAGCCAGAGUACCGACACUACCAAUCUGCUGAGGAGGAAGAGGAGGAGAUGCAGACCGCCUAGGUCGAGCCAGAGUCCUCUGAAGUAUCUUCUGGGCCUCAAAUUUGCAAUGAAUUUAAGUUUUUUUUCAGUAAUUUUUUUUUUAAUGUUGACAGAAGUAUGGGGAGAAAAAGCUUUGUGUGCACUCAAACAUAACUAAUAUGGCACGAUGGUGUAAAAUCUUUAUUUUUGUGUGUAUUCCAAGAAAUAAAUAAAUGUCCUCUGCUGAGGAAAACAAAGAUUAAGGGGCAAAAUGGCUGGAAAUUUCUAGUAAUGAUGCCUCUUUCUAGGAGUGUUACUAUGGCAACUGUGAACAGCCUUAAACUAUGGUUACAAUGAAUCACACCAGGAGGAAACCUAUACUGCUGCUGGUCUGACCGCACCCCAGCUAUUAAAUGUGUGUCAGCAGGUCUCAUUUCCAUUAGUUUCGAGUGAGCACAACGUUUUUUUUCCCCCUUUUUUUCAAGCCAUGCAAUUAAGUUUUUGUAAUUAACAAAAGUAUUAACUCUUCUAUAACCAGCUCAUUUUCCCAAAAUGUGAUCUCAUCUUCACACAAGUCACAAGUAUAGACAAACACACUGUCUUUAAUAGAAUUAUUGUCUUUUACUUUUACCUCUUUUAUUUUCCCCCACCAGCACAGUGCAAAGCAGUUCUGCUUCGGUUGCUUUUGAGAAGAAGCCCACAUUUCAAAAGGUUUGAGACCCUUUGAAAAUGCCACAUAGCAGCAGUUGGGGUAACAUCCAUGGGGAAGAAAAAAAACACGUUUGCGAAUCAUUGGUGAAUUUCUUCUGAUAACCUCUCUCUUAGCUCUCAGCCUGGCAGUUUUGUGGUACCAUGACAGUGCCAACCCUACAUUAAGAGCUGCCAGUGUGUUGGUUUAGAAGAGUAGAGAAGAGUUAAGUUACAGUCCUGAGCCCAGACACCCUUCAGAGAGAACAGAUUUCCCCCGGUUAUACCUUCAAUCUCCUUUAAUGCACUGCCCACAGCUCGUGGCUGUGAGGAUAAGAAUGAAGAUGUACAAAUCAAUUAACAGCUCUGCUUUCACACUUACUGCAUCAACAACGACAAAAACAUGGGUGUAGUUUGUUUUAGAUAUGAAGCCUAUGUAUUAGUCUUAAAUAUGCAUUCUGUAUGAAAGCCACUAGAUGGUGAUAGCUGUGAUUGCAGAGAUUACCAAUCCCAUAGAAGAAACAGGCAAACAACAUUUUAUCUUAUCAAACCUUGCAACACGUGUCAGUUUCUUUAAAAGAUAGUACAUAUCGUUUAUUUGUGGUUAUUAUCCUCCACGUUAAUGAGUCUAGUUGUUGAGACUAAAGACCUUAGGACAUCAAAUAUAUUUUUGAGUUUGUCUGACAACCAGGUAAUUUGACAGUUGGCUACACACGUUUCUUUGUACUGCAGAUCACUAGGCUGCUAUGAACCACUACUGUAAAACUAUGGACGACCAUGAGUACAAAAAUGAAUUACAUCAUUAAGUCAUUAAUAAAAUUAGAAAUUGAUGUUUUAUUACCGACAUUUAAAGCCAGUAACUCAUUUUGGCACUUGUUGCCCUCCAUAUAACCUUCACACAUUUAAUACCAAUCUCAUCACCAACUUCUCAUUCAGUAAAUUGCAUUCAUCAUACACCUGACCUUGGGUCAACAGCCACAAGCACUUUAGCUCACUCCUGAACAACCUCUGUACUACCAGCUCUAGUCGUCCUACUAAUUUGUGUUUAUCCAUUACUUUGUAUGGCACCAUUUUCCAGUAAAGCAACAUUUUUUCUUGAAAUUUGCUUUUACACAUAGGACUCCUUUUAUACAUGAAGCCCACACAUUACAUUGCCAGCAGCUACUGGCUGUGACUGUUCUGCACUUCACAAAAACCUGAGAAUCAAAAAGGUGAAUGAGAAAACCCAAAGACAACUGCACAUGAGAUCAGCUUGUCAAAGCUACAAAAGCAUCUUUUCAAGCAAUUCAAAAAGGAUAUUCUGAAAUUCAACCCACAAACUGCCUGUUUGCAGCACUAGAAGUGAAGGUUGUCACAGAAAUACAGAGAAAUGAAAUGGAAAGUUGUGGUACUCGUUUUUAUUCGUUUUCAAAUUAAACCAUAAGUCUUUAUUGUAGAUGGAAUCUUAUUUAAUGCAACCACAAACCCAAACUCAAAGGGGUCUGGUGAUGCCAACCUGUAUGGAUCGUUGCUAAAACAGUUAUGCAGACA